GAGGCGAGGACAGGCGGCUGCCAUGGAGCCCUGGAGCCGAGUCAGGGUGGCCAAAUGCCAGAUGCUGGUCACCAGCUUCUUCAUCUUGGUAUCAGGCAGGCAGGGUGGGAGCCGGGUGGCAGGGGCACGUUACCGGGCCUCCAGUCCUGUGGUCCCCCCAGCCCACAGCAGCCUUGCGGUCUCCGUACUGCCCUGGGGACAUGAGCCUGGGGCCCUUGGUGGUGGACUACUGGCAGGGCGACUGUUCGGGCAGGAUGCCUCCGUGGGCAGUGUCUGUCCUCUGCCAGGCAGGGCAGGGCCUGCAGGAGGCCUGAGGACCUUGGGUGGCUGGUGAAUUGGAGUUGGAGGGCACACUGUCCCAGCUACUGGGCCUCUCUGUGGCCACCACGGCUGCCCUCACCUACUUUGGGGCCCACUUUGCGGUCAUCUACCACGCAUCCUCCGAGCGGACCCCUCCUGAGGCCACACACCUUGGGGCCUUCUACGUGAGCAUCACACUGGCCGGGCUCCUGACUCUGGGGGCCAUGCUGAGUGCCACAGCCACUGUGAGGGAGGCCACAGGCCUCAUGGCCGCGGGCUUCCUGUGCUUCGCCCUGGUGUUCUGCGUCCUGGUGCAAGUGGCCUUCUGGAGAUUCCACAACCCCACCCAGAUGGAGGAUGCCGUGCUGGACGUCUAUGACCUGGUGUAUGACCAGGCGGUGAGGAGCUCGCCCGGCGUCAGGCAGCAAGAGCUGGCGGCCAUCCAGGACACGUUCCUGUGCUGUGGGAAGCCUGCCCCCUCCAGCCUCCCCGGGAACACGGUGGACACCCUGUGCCAAGGAGAGGUGGCCGAGAGACAGGACUGCCUGCAGAGCAUCAGGAGCCUCCUGAGGACCCACGGGAGCAUCACCUCCACCCUGACCGGCCUUGGCCUGGCCUCCACGGUGUAUGCGAUGCUGCUCAGCUCCUUUCUCUGGUUCGCCAUCCGCUCGGGCUGCAGUUUGGACCGCAGAGGCACAUACACCCUGAGCCCACGAGCCCAUGACUGCCAGCCGCAGGAGCCCAGUGUGUUCAGACGCUGCCAGGCAGGGCCCGCUCCUCAUCACCCUGUGGAAUCAGACGUGCCUCACCGCAGUCUGGGUUCAAGCAGACGCCCGGGUGGCCCUCGGCUGCUGCAGGACAGCAGACACUCUGUUUCAGCCACCCGCCCACCCUCAGAGGCCAAGUUGGCCGGGCCGGCUGUCAGCUCCCUGAGACCACCUGCAUUUCUUCCCAUGCGUGCCCCCACCCUGCAGUCGACAGGGGGCACAUGGCAUCUUCCCAGUGUUCCAGCUUUUUCUCUGACGUCCCCUCCCGCUGCCCAGAGGACGCUGCCUUCAGAGGCUCACGUGGCCAGUGGCGGCCCGGGACCUCCCCGUCUUAGGGCAAGUCUUCCUGCGCUUGCAGUGAUGUUCUGUUCAGGGGGUUCAGGGACUAAGGGAGGACCCUGGGCAUGCAUUUUAGAGACUCUGCCACAGCUCCUCCUGCUGGAUAGCAAACCCUCUCUGAUGACCUUGCUAACUGCCCCUGAGGGUUUGCAUCCUUUGGUCAAAAUCCAAAGUCCUGGGUGGAGCAACGACUGACCCGGCACAGCUGAUGGGAGAGGGGAGUGUGGGGGCCCUUUUCCCUUCCAUUGAGCCACCCCCACCAAGACCAGCAAAGGCGGUGGUCCUCCAAAAUAAGACGACUGUGUGACAGGCAGCCCCAAAAAUAGCGGAGCAGAGACCCUGCCUGCCCACCCCAUCACACACACUUCUCACACUCAGACUUCCGGGGUGCCCCCACCUAAUACAGAACAAACAGCUCUCCUGCUGAAGGUCCUCAUUCCUAGAGGGAGACACCCCAGCGUCUCAUGGGCCCACCGAGGGGGACCAUCCAGGUUUCUGGGGAUGUCCACCCUCCCCUGGCAGUAACUAUUCCACAGCUUACAAAGCGAACUGUAAAGGCCAGCAAUGUGUCCUGUGCACAGCGAUGGUGGAAAGAAAAGGAAAUUUUGUUCAUUUCUGCAAAAGUGUGUAGAUGUGGUGACAAAAGACAUUUCACCUGAAGCUAUGGGCUCUUCCUUCCACUGUCAAGGGGCCGUGACCCAUAUUCACCGCUUGCCCCCUCCGCGGCCAGUCCCUGUUCUGUCCACUGCUCCAAGCCCUCUUCCUGGCAGGUGACCCCACACUUCAUUUCCGAGGCUGCUGAGGAGCACAGGUCCUCACCCUUGCUGCUGUGGUCUCCCGCCAACCUUCAUUACCAGACGUGGCAGGAGGAGGAAAGGCCUAGGGAAGCCCUAUCCCUGCCACACCCCUAUCUCCUGGAUGGGACCACCCUGCCAUCACCAUGGCCCCCAUAGCCUCAACCCGUGGCAUGGGUGCCCCAGUGGGCCAGGCGGCACCCACCGCUUUCAACUCAAGGACAUUAAAAUUUUGUUCUCUGGCCAAAGCACAAAGCAUUCCCUUUUUGGAGACUACUCUCCAAACCAGGAGUGUGGAGGACUGACAGGGCUGAGAGGCAAACCUUUGUGAAGGGCUCCUGAGCUCUGAUCACCACAGUGCUGCCUCCCUCCCACCCUGAGGCACCCUGAUUUGGGGGAAGUGGCAUGGCUGACAAGCUAGAAGCCAUAUUCUGUGGGACACCACUACAGUCUCGUACCACUGUUUCCAGCCGGAGUCCUACAUGGCGUCCAAGAAGGCCAGGCCACCAUGCUGCAGGGUACCCCCUGGUCCAGUGGACUUGGUACGGCGGGCAGCCCUCCCACGUCAGUGGGCCCCACCCGAUCCGCUGAGGGCCCGAGGAGAGCAUAAGGCAGGGGAAGGGGGAACUCGGCCAUUUCCAGCCUCACCCCUUGAGCGGGGACACCUCAGCUCACCUUCUCCGGCCUCAGACUGGGACUCACACCCCCGGUCCUCCUGGUCUCCAGCCUGCAGUGCCGUCGUGGGGCUUCUGGCCUCCAUGACCGCAGAAGCCGGGUCCUCAGGAUAAGCCUCCUUUCACAGAGAGGCAGGUAAAUAGAUGAUGGAUGGAUGGAUGGAUGGAUGGAUGGAUGGAUGGAUGGAUGGAUGGAUGGAGAUGGAUGGAUGGAUGGAUGGAUGGACGGACAGACAGACAGAUGGAUGGAGAUGAUAGACACUUACCCUACUGGCUCUGUUUCCCUGGAGAACCCUAGUGAAUACAGGGUCCGAAGUCAGGGCACCUGCUCCCAGGGCGCAGGCUGGUCUCCUGUGAAGCAAGGUGCCACUGUGCAGUGCAGAGCCGGCUGCCCCUGCGCCAGGCCAGGCUCCUGGCUGUAGGGAUGUUGGGUGAGCCUCGGCAGCUGGGCUGUGGUGGCCGCCCUCCUCCCCCAUGUCUGCUUUGCACAGGCCAGUGGCAGCUUGGGAGGGGGUGGGGAAGAGGCUGCUUGUCUACCACAGGGUUCCAAGAACCUUACAAGGGUCCAGACACCCAACCUCACUGGGCAGUGGAGAGCCACCUGGUUACCUGGCCCAGUGGACAAAUGACACCCACCUCAGGAUGGGCAAUUCAGGGCACCUGAUGCUGCAGGGACAAGGGUCAGUCUCUACCUGAGCCCAGCGAGAAGCCAAAUGCUGAGUCUCAAAGAGAGGAGAGGUCCCAGCUGGAAAGGGCACAGCUGAGCCCCACGCAUGGGACCGACACUGAGAUUCUGCCAUAGCUCCCUCGGCACCCAGUCUUCCAAGACAGGUAGGAUGGUGGGGAGCCCAGGUCACAAUGGCCAAGCGGUGGGGCCUGUCUGCAGCGAGGCCUGGAGGCAGGGGCACCUUUGCUUACACUGCAUCCCUGUCAAGGCUGCACCCCCUUGGGCCACCUGGAUAUAGGUAGGAGAGAAGCAGACACCCAAAGGCAGCCCAUGCUUCCUUCACAUGGCAUUGUACAGGUGACCAAAAUGCACCCAUCCUCCGCCAGGGAGGGGAUAUGCCCAUGUCCGUCACACUGCAGAGCACGAGCCGAUAGCUUCACGGGGCUUCCUGCUCACUGUCUGCCAUGUGUGGUUUUUACCAAAGCAGCCCACCUCUUCCUCAUUCUCGGCUUCCAUCACCAGCACAUCCUGUGGGAUGGACAAGGGGCCAGGGUCCCUGUGGACUCGGUAAUGGCUGAGAGCCACAAUGCUUAUGCGUUCCCCACGCCACACUGCUGUCCCUCCCAGGGAGCAGCAAACUGCAUGCUGGGAUGGGCUAAAAGCGGGCAUUCCCUGGCACACUGCCUCUUGCCAGGUGCCAAUGCAUGUACCGAUCAUUUUCUCCAGUGAAGAGUAUCUGAGACUAUGGCUGUGACUCUGUCACCUCCCCACACCCACCAGAAAUCAAGAUCCCCUUUGAAUGGACACAGCUCACAGGCUGAACACCUGAUCCCCGGGCACCUCCAGGGAGGGACUGCCGAGUCACAGGCACGUACACGCCCGCCCUCACCGGAGAGCACCAGGGUGUGUCCCCAGUGCUUGCUCUCCUCGGUAGCUUCACCAGCAGUCUGGCUGUGACAUAUCUUGUCCACAAAUUUAAGCCUGUCACCAAUCUGGAAGGUGUGAAAUGGUAUCACAUUAUAUAAUGUCCACCCCUGGCUUAUUAACCAGGUUUUCAUAUGUUCACUGGCCAUUUCUGUUUCCUGUUCUGCGAAAUGCCUUUUGUAUCUUUUACCCAUUUUUAUAUUGGAUCUUAUGUCUCUUACUGAUUUAUGGG